AUGUCGUCAACACAGAUUGCUUCUUCAUUCGUCGAGGAUGCUCCGCCAGGCGAGCUGUCCAAUGUCAUCACCGACAUCAAGGCCCUGACACCAUCCGAAUCAAGUCUGAUCUCCAACAUCACUCCUGCCCUCACCAAAUACCACGAGACACAAUACAGCACAGUCAAGCUACCGGGCAGCAGCGGCAGCGUCCUUGUCAGCGAGUACAACAGCCUGGGUAACAGUCGCUACUACGACAGCGCAAACAACACCGCCUUCGACUUUGAUCCUGUAGAGCAAAAGGCCACCAAUGCUCAGAGCCACUCUCUCGACAGCCAAAAUGCCGACCUGAUCCAAAAGCUCCACAAGGCCCUCCGUGCACAUGCCGACGAACACUACCCUGCUGCCACUAUCGGUGUCUUCCCAGCUGAGAACGACUCCAAGAUUGCUCUUGUCCUUGUCAGCAACAAGUACAGUCCCAACAACUUCUGGAACGGUCGCUGGCGCGCUCACUACCUCUUCUCACCCUCAAACUCCUCCCUCUCAGGCGCCAUCAACAUCGAUGUUCACUACUACGAAGACGGCAACGUCCGUCUCCAGACCUCCAAGCCCGUUUCUAUUUCCAGCGCCAGCGACGCCGUCCGCGAAAUCGCAAAGGUCGAGAAGAGCUACCAGACAGAAGUCAAUCAGGCUUUCACAAAACUCAACGAGGGUGCCUUCAAGGGUCUGCGAAGACAGCUUCCUGUCACGCGUCAAAAAGUCGAGUGGGAGAAGAUCAGUGGUUACAGGCUUGGCCAAGACAUCGGCGGUGGCCGCUCCAGAUAG